AUGGCUACAAACGAGCACAGACGAGAGCCUGCCGAAGUGGAGGACUUCAUAGAACACGCGUUUCUCACAUACAUUAUCCCGAAAGCAACAAACCUCGACCUCGAGGAAGCCUUCAAAGAUGUCGAAGAUACGCAGGCCUACUUUGACAACAUCGAGCGACGGGAAAACCUGUUUUUUGAUGAGACUGUCGACGUUCUUCUCGUCUUGAGAGCACCCCUUGUCGAUGAAAAGACGCUGCGCUCACAUUUCAGCCGACUGGUCAUCUCACUAGAAACCCAAAUCGUCAACAGCCAUGCCGCAGAUCGAGACCAUCCUUCGACAGACAUCGUCUUCCAGGGCACCGUGGAAGACACCUCGGAUCCCUUCAUCGUGGUAGACGAACCCGAUGACGGAAGCGAGAAUAGCAACAAAGAUGAGAGCGAGACAGAGACCGCCGUCGCCAUCAAGAAGAAACCGGCCCACAUCUAUGCAGUCUGGAAGCUCCCUGUGUUCCUCGCUCGCCCCCGUAUUCGCCUUCAAGGGCCCUUUGCAGUCUUCUCAGCCUCCGCCGGUCUCAAGCCGGCCUCAAGAGCUGCGUCCGGAACCUCCACCCCGGAACGCAUUAACGGCCGCAGCAAGCAUGGCGGAGGCUAUCUCCAAUCCGGCGUGCCAUCAGGCCUCAACCUCCUGGAGCCUUUCAGCAAAGACCCGGGACUCGGAGGUAUCGCUCCCCGUCUCUCUGCCCUGCGCGUCUCUCGCGUCGCUCCGGUCACCCAACCCAAGGAUCAUACGCGGCCCCUUCGCGCCCUCAACAGCGUCCGCGUCCGCAUUUUCCCGGCAGUCCACACCCGCGUGCGCUUCUCCCGGCCAAACACCAUGCCGACCUCACCGGCCCUGAUAGCCCUGCUCGAAGUCGACUUCACGUCAUACUUCGACUGUCCCGUCGAGCUGACCAGUAUCCGUCUCUCCGUCGCUGACGGUGGUUUAGUCGAAGACCUCAACGCACCAGAAUCCUCAGGGCUCUCCCUUCCCAUGUCCUGCGUGCCCCAUGAUCACGUAACCUUUCUCUACCGCCUCUCUCCACCGCAGCAACCCGAUCUGCCCUCCUCCAAGAACCCCAGCCGCGAUCUCGAUAUCCACAUCGAGGCUAUAGUCCAAAGACAGCCAGGCCUAUGCACCCCUCGGCUGACCAUGAACUGGUCCACAACACUCGAUUUCACACUCCCUGUCAACCCGGGCUUCAACGCGGCCAUGCAACCAAUGCAGCCCAUUCAGCGCUCUCACCGCCCUUCCCAGCUCUCCAUAAGCGGUAUUGAAGCAGCGCAGUCUCUCGUGGCGCCGGCAGUCAGCAGGCCCGAUUCCCUCCCUUCCCUCGAGGCGGCAACGCGCACAGUCGAAGCGCCCCUGCCGGAGUUGGGCAUAACCAUGACCUUCUGUGGGCCCCAGGAGCCCAUCUACGCCGGCGAAAUCUUCGCAUGGACGGUAUACGUCGUGAACCGUGCCAUCGAAAAGCCCAAUGUCCCAGCCCUGCCGCCGCGCAAGCUUGCCCUCGUCGCAAUCCCCAAACGCAGACGCAACGAGGUACGCCUCAUGCGUCCGCCAUCGACGAGUGGGAGGAGCAAGAAGGCUGUCGAUGGCAAGGAGCUUGCGGACGCGGUGUUGGACGAUAACGUUCUGCACGCUAUGCAGCGCAACUCCGUUGUUGAGUCUACCGAGGUCGUCUGCUUGACCGCCGACACAAGAGUUGGCCCUCUUGCUCCUGGAGCCUGCCAUGUUGUGGAGCUCAGGUUCCUGCCAUUGAAGACGGGAAUCGUAGACAUCGAGGCCAUCAGAGUGGUCGAUCUGGGGUCUCAGGAGCAUGUAGAUGUGAGAGACUUACCCAUCAUGUUUGUAGGACAACGGCCCGAGGAGGAAAAGACGGAAUGA